AGGGACUCGAAAAGCGACCUUCUACUAUAAGACGCCUACGCUCCCAUUCUUCUACCCUUUUAAUGUCAAACGCAUGUUCGAGCGGAGUUUUCAAGCGUUUCAGCGAUUUACCCUGGUGAGGACAAAGCUUGAAAAAUGCUUCUUCUAAGAAACUUUUCUCUAUUACUUAUGUCUCUUCUUCUCGAGAAUGUCACAUCUGAAGACGCAUGGUGGUUGAAGGUGGCCCAGAGACAAGGGCCAAUGGUAUGCGCAGAAGAGCUUGUGGAAGGGAAUAAGCGGCAUUUCUCAACACCCUGGACUGGAGGCAAUUUAUGCGGCACAGAAACUAUUAUUCGCUAUUCCUGUUGUCAUGGAUACAGCAGAGUACCUGGAGAACGUGGAUGCCCUUUAGUGGAACCUCUGAAGAAUAUUGCUGAAACAGCCAAAGACAUAGGUGCUACAAAGUUCAUUGAGUAUGCUGAACAAUCUGGUCUUUUACCUAUGCUUACUGAUAGAGGUGCAUAUACAGUGUUUGUUGCACGAGACAAAGCUUUUCGAUCUUUGACCAAAGAACAAGAAAAGGCUCUGAAUUCAACUAAGAAAUCUCGCAGCCGUCCGCCAAUUCUUUUAUACACAAUAGUAGAGGGUAGAUUACCUGUUGAAGAACUUCCGGACUCUAUCACUACACUCUACAGAGAAGGAUCCGUUGCUGUAACCAGAUUUCCUUCUGGGUUGACUACUGUGAAUUGUAUUCCACUAAUUUCAACAAAUCUAGAAGCAACAAAUGGUUUGCUUCAUGUAACUGAAACAUUACUGCUGCCUCCUGGACGAAGUACUGUCACAGAUCUCUUAGCUCGUACUCAGUCUUUAAGCACCACAGCAGCGAUAAUGGCCAGAGCGCAACUGUCCAAUGAACUGAGAGAUCGUAAACCAAUAACAGUAUUUGCUCCAGUUGAUGAGGCCUGGGAAUCAGUUCCACAAACUUUUAUGGAAUCUCUUAUGGAAGAUCCAAAUGCUCUAAAAGUUUUAUUGCAGUAUCAUAUUGUAGAAGCACAAUGGUGUAGUGCAGUGACUGCUAACGAAAGUGAAUUGAAAACAUUGGAAGGAAGUUUCCUGAGAAUGUCUUGCAACAGUUCUGGCCAAUAUGUGAAUAACGCUCGCAUCAUCCAUGGCGAUGACAAGGCAGGAAAUGGGUUUGUUCACCAUAUAGACUCUGUGCUCAUACCAGAUAAAGUUCAAACUUUAGUGGAAUACCUAUCAUCUCGCAGUAUGACGUACUUUUUGAAACUAGCUGAAUUUGGUGGUGUUCUUCCCCUGCUCCAGCGGCCAGAUAUGUUUACGAUUUUUGUGCCGACUGAUGACGCAUUUGAAGCUCUUCCUAACGAUACUCUCUCAGACAUAUUCAACCAGUCAUCAUUAGCAAGAUCGUUUGCUAGUUUCCACAUAACACCCGGCCGGCAGCUUACAUCCAACUUAAUUGAUGGUCAGACAUUAUCAACUAUUCAAGGCUCUGAUUUCCCUUUACGGUUCAAACUACAUAAAAAGCGAAUUACUGUGGAAACAGCGCUCGUGAUUGAAGCCGACUUGGAAGCUCGCAACGGAGUUCUUCAAGUCAUCGAUAAUGUACUUAUCCCUCCUACCAGCACUAUCUUAGAUCAUCUCCAGCAGAAAAACUUCAGUAUAUUUCUCAGCUUAUUAAACCAUACGGAUCCAAAUUUAUUACAAUUGCUGGAUAAUUCAACAGCUACAUUUACAGUGCUUGCUCCUAAUGACAUAGCCCUGAAUGACACGCCACCUGGAACGCUGCUCCGUCUUCUAUCUGAUCCUCCAUUGCUUUAUCAGACGAUGGCUCGUCACAUCUUGCCAACUUUCGUCGUUAGCAGCACCUUAGAACCUCAUCUAACCUAUUCAUAUGAGACUGUAAAUGAAGAAAUGAUUACUGUUACGAAAGAAAAUGGUGGCUUUUUGACCGUGGCUCGACUCGCUGAAGUUAUAAUGCCUGACCUGGCAGCAAAAAAUGGUGUCAUCCACGAAAUUUCGAGAUUGAUACAAUUUUAAAUGAAACGUAAAAUUCAAGUCGGAACUGAAAGUAUUCCCAUUUAUUGGUUAAUUAUCUCCAUUUGUGCCACUGUCAGAAAAAUGUUAAUGAAUUUUCUUUAAUGCAAUUGUUAUCUGUUAUUAUUUUGUUAUCAUUUGAAAAGGUGCAUCAUAAUAUCUAUAGCUCUAACACAGUACACAUAUAUACAAAGGUAAUAUAUUAUUUUAAAGAUAAAAUAAAGUUUCCGAAUGUAAUAAAGUAAUUUAUAAACAUCGAAUAUCACUAUAGUUUUAUGAAUGUGGGAAUAAAUUUUUAUGUCUGAAAAGUAAUGUACGGAGUUUUUUCUUUGCCACACAAUAAUGACUGACAAGUAAAAAAUACAAAAUUUUAAAAUAUGAAUAAUCUUUAUCUCUCAGUAAUGAGUGGAAAGGUUGAGUAUACCACGUCUUGUGCCUACAGUUAAUAUCAAUGUUAAGCGCAAUAACGGGCUAGGAAGGAUAGUCAUUUUUAGUCAUGUGAAGGUUUUUAUUACCUUUCAUAAUAAACCUUCCGAAUAAGUUAUUUAAAUUAGCGCUAACUUAUAUUAUGUUUGAAUAUUACUGUCAUAUAAUUAUAGCUUUACACUAAAGGUACUAUUUCUUAAUAUAAAUUAAACUCUUGCGAUAUGUCGUUGCAUUACUAAACAAUUUGGAAAGGUCGGAAAAUCUAAAACUACGCACGCGUGCAAUGAGUGCUUUCCUUGUGUUGUGGUGGUCCACUGUUUGGGUAUGUCCUCGGUUUUAUAUUAAUUUUGUGUGUGUGUGCCGCAUUCUUCUUUGUUUAUCUACGUGCUGAAUUUAUGUGAAUCAAUAAAAAUUCUCAACGUUUGGUU